CUUUUUUCUUCCUCUUCUUCCUCUUCUUCCUCUUGUUCCUCUUCUUUUCCUUUAAACUGCUUCUAUUACUAGCAAUGUCCAAGAUUCUUGUCGUUUUUGGCGCUACUGGUCAACAAGGAGGAUCUGUUGUCAACUAUGUCCUCAACGAUCCAGAGCUAUCUAAGCAAUUCAAGAUUCGAGCAGUUACACGCGACCCUUCUAAACCAGCUGCUCAAACCUUGCAGCAACAAGGAGUCGAUAUCGUUAAAGGGGAUGUGGACGAUAAAGAAUCGAUUAAGUAUGCUCUCCAAGACGCACAUACAGUCUUUGGAGUUACCACAACAUCUUAUGAUGAGCACCUUUAUUCGAGAGAAUUCGCUCAAGGGAAAGCAUUAGCGGAUGCUGCUGUCGCCGCAGGAGUUCAAUACUUCAUUUUCAGCUCUUUACCCCACGCAGGCAAACUCUCUAACGGCAAACAUCCUGGAGUGGAGUCUUUCAACGUCAAAGCUGAUAUUGAAGAGUACAUUCGCUCUUUACCCAUCAAGAGCGCCUUUUUUGCACCAGGCUUGUUUAUGCAAAAUUACUCCAGGCACGCUGCUCCUCAACCUCAAGGGGAUGAAACCUACGCACUUCUUAAUAUAAUCUCUCCUCAGACUUUGCUUCCAUUAAUCGAUACUCCUGGUGACACUGGCAAAUAUGUGGGUGCUAUUCUUGCAGAACCAGACAAGUAUGAGGGUACAGUCUUUAAUGCUUCAACAGAGCUUCUCACUUUUGAGGAAAUGGCAGAGGUGAUCAGUAAAUCAACAGGCAAGACAGUCAAGUAUAAGCAAAUUUCAGCGGAGGCCUAUGCGAGCUCCAUGCCAGCUGAUCUUGGCAAAUACCUGACUCGUAUGCAGCUAUACAUCCAGGAUUGCGGCUAUUUUGGUCCACAAACAAGAGAGCUUGUAGAAUGGUCUGUCAAGAAUGCUCGUGGCAAGCUGACCACGUUUGAAGAGUACUUCCAAAAGAACCCCCUUCAUCUGCAGUGA